AUGUCCUUCUUCUCGUCGAGCACGGCGACGCCCGGCGGCUUUGGCGCCCGCACCGGGCCCACCUCCACACCGUCCACCGCCGCCAAGGUGACGGGCGAGCAGGACCAGGAGGUCACCCCCGGUCCCACUGACGGCAUCAGCGCCCUCUCUUUCUCGCCCGCCGCAGACUUCCUCGCCGUGGCCAGCUGGGACAACCACGUGCGCAUCUACCGCAUCGACAAGGCCAACCCGCAGCCCGUCUCGCCCUGGCAGCAGUACACGCACGAGGCGCCCGUCCUCGACGUCUGCUGGUCCGGCGACGGCACAAAGGUCAUCAGCGCCGGCGCGGACAAGGUGGCAAGGUGCUUUGACAUGAACACCAACACCCCUGCCGUCGUCGCACAGCACGACCAGCCCAUCCGAGCCGUCAGGUGGCUCAAUGCCUGCGGAGGCGUCCUCGUCACCGCCGGCUGGGACAAGCAGCUCAAGAUCUGGAAGCUCGACCCGCAGCCCAACCAGGUGCAGAUGCUCAAUCUCCCAGAGAGGGCGUACGCCAUGGACACCUGCGGCAACAUCUGCGUCGUCGCCAUGGCCGAGCGCGGCGUCCUGGCCUUCAGGCUCGACGAGUCGGGCCAGAUCGUUCCGCUUUCGGAACACCAAAGUCCGCUCAAGUACCAGACGCGUUCGCUGGCGGCGCUACCAGAGGGGGACGGCUAUGCUUUGGGGGGCGUCGAGGGGCGCGUUGCGGUGCAGUACUUCCACGACCCACCAGACAAGGACGGCAAGGUCAAGAAGUUUGCCUUCAAGUGCCACCGGCGCGCGCACGCCGACCACCCAGACGUGCCGCGCAACGAGUCGCACCUCUUCCCCGUCAAUGCCAUCGCGUUCAACGUGCACGGCACGUUUGCGACGGGCGGAGGCGACGGAUCCAUCAACUUCUGGUGCAAGCAGAGCAGGACGAGGUUGAAGACUUUCGAGACAAAAGGACCGGCGAAUGCGCCAAAAGAGCUGUUCAAGACCAAUCCGAACCGUAUCCCCAUCUCGGCCAUCGCGUUCAACCGCGACGCCACCAUCUUUGCCUACGCAAUUUCGUACGACUGGCACAAGGGCUACCAGGGUGCCAACCCGGAGAACAAGGUCUACAUCCAGCCCGUCAACUAUGAGGAUGUCAAGAAGCGUCCGCCCAAGGCCUGA